UUUGGAAGCAUUGGAAGGGAGACCGAAUUACGCCUUCAAAGUUCUAACUAUCAUAUCCUUGACGAACAUGAGCUGAAACAGUAGCUGCACUUUCUAGUCCAUUGAAACGCAAGCAAUGACGUCCUCUCCCGCUACUUUAGUAUAAUAAUCAUUCUGGUGCUCAACAUUUUCCAUCGCUGGAGCGCUAUGGGGAACGAAGAACAGGUGCUUCUGCUCUCAUGGCGGGCGAGCGUGUUCGGGCUGAGGGUUCAGAUAGCUUUGGAGGAGAAGGGCGUUGCAUAUACUUACAGGGAGGAGGAUAUCUUCGAGAAGAGCAAACUGCUCUUGGAAUCAAAUCCGGUUUACAAGAAAGUACCAGUCUUGAUCCAUGGAGAUAAAGUUGUCCGCGAAUCUCUCAUUAUCCUUGAAUACAUCGAUCAAGUCUGGGACAAGCAUGGUCCCUCUCUGUUACCUGCUGAUCCUCACCGGCGAGCACAGACAAGAUUUUGGGCCGAUUUCAUCAGCAAGAAGAUUUAUGAUAGCGGUAGAAGGAUAAGGCACAGUAAGGGAAUUGAAAAAGAAGAAGCCAAGGAGGAGUUCAUGAGACACCUAAAGAUUCUGGAAGGAGAGCUGGGAGAGAAGCUUUACUUCAAUGGAGACUCGUUUGGAUUUUUGGAUAUUGCUCUUAUUACAUUUUCUUGUUGGAUCCACACAUACGAGACAUUUGGGGGCUUUAGUGUGAAGAAGGAAUGCCCGAAGCUCAUGACUUGGGUGAGGAGAUGCAUGGAGAGGGAGAGUGUGGCAAAGACGCUUCCAUCUCCUCUACAGGUCUAUCAGAUCGCCUGCUUGGUGAAGAAGAAGUUAGGAUUUGAAUAGUAACAAAAUGUUAUUUUGAUGAGUUUGCUCUAAGAAUGAGAGAGAAGGGGGAGGAGAGCCUUCAAAAAAUAAUGUACCAACUAAUCAAAAAAAAAAAAA